ACGACCCAUCUUACUUACUCUUUCACCUCACAUCCUUUUCCCAGAUUCCCAGACCCCUCACCCAAGAUAUCCACAUAUCUACCCAUAUCUACCAACGACAUUCUUCUAUUUCUACCUGCAUACUUAACCUGCUUUCCUAACGUGCCUCUCUUACUUCUCUUGUCUGCUGCACCGACUGCUAAGCUCAAGUUCUACUACCUGCUGCACACUUCCUGCAACUGCAACUGCAACUGCUUGCAAUUCUGCACUACUCCUACCACCAUACGACCCAUACGACCACUCGAACCAAAAAGGGACCCAACAGACUUAAACUUCUUACAGUCUUUGUACCUCCAUUCUCCACUCCAAAUCAAGCCAUACAAUCCCUUCCCACUGUUUGUCUCGCCCCGACUUAUAUCGGAACCCAGACCCAACCACUCAUACACCACCACUCUUGUCCCCUCACAUAUCAACUGAACAUCUCCCACCCAAAUCCGACCUUAAAUAUCAAUAUCAAACAUCGACAUCCUCAUAAACAGUCACUUCUCUUGCCAAUCUUGUCUUUUUCUUUGACAGAAAAACACAACCAGUGAUUUAUCCCUUCACUCAAUCAUAUCAUUGAUUAAUCCGCCCAAAACGAAAUUAUCUUUUUCUCUUCCUCUUCACAUUCAAGUUUUCGUGAUCGUUGACGAUCCUAUCGAUAACUUUUAUCUUUUCUCACCGCCACUAUUUUAUCUAUUUUACCCCAUCUCAUUCCGAAAAUAACUUCGCUUCACUCUGCCCACCUCUUUCUUAACUACAACACCAACCCACCUCACAACAGACCACAGCAGGAAAUUCUUUGCUAUGGCCGCCUUCCCCAUGCACAGUUACUACAGACAGUCGUCAUUAUCGGUCGACACUCAACCCCACAACUACUUUGAAGAAGACGAAGGGAGCAUUCUUGAUGACAACAUUCUCGACCACUCUGCAUUAGAUUCCGGCUUAGAAAUGUCUCCACCCAUGGACAAUAGCAGGCGGGAAUCCUUUGCAGUAUCUUCGACAUUGUUCUCACCCAAAUCUGAUGAAUGGCAACACGUCGAGAUGCAUCCAAUGGCUUCCAACAAUCCCUUUGUCGAGCACAACAGCAACAACCCAUUCAUGCGUAUCGAGGCUGCCCAAAACGGAACAUACGGACAUUCGAAUCACGGUUGGGGUAUGGGAAAUGGUUCCGGUAUGAGCACACCAAUGCAAGGUCAUGAUGGGCUCCCAGCCGAUUUUGAGGUCGGUGUUCCUAUCUUUCAACGUCCCGUGCAAACACCAUUCACAAACCCCGGCAACCAUCAACUCCCUCUCUUCUCCGCCAAUGCCAAUGGUUCAAGUCAUCCAUCCCCACAAAAGGACUGGUCGGUUUCGGAGAUGGACCACCGCAUUCCCAAACGCAUGCGCCCACACAGCCCAACUCUACGAUCGCAUCCUGAGAUGUCAAGAAGGGGUGAUGGUAUCCGAAAGAAGAACGCCCGUUUUGAUAUUCCGGCCGAGAGAAAUCUCACGAACAUCGAUCAACUCAUCUCUCAAUCCACCGAUGAGCAGGAGAUCAAGGAGCUCAAGCAGCAAAAACGUUUGUUGAGAAACCGACAAGCUGCGUAAGUUAUAAUCUCAUCAAUUGUUCACAAUCGGUUACUAACCAUCAUAACAGUCUUGACUCACGCCAGCGCAAGAAGCAACACACCGAGCGCCUUGAGGACGAAAAGAAGCACUACACUGCUUUGAUUAAUGAUCUUGAGGAGGACUUAGCCGAAGCAAAGCUUGCUUUGGAUGAGUGGGCUCGUAAAGAGCAACACUACCAACAAUACAUCGAGAGCUUGCAGAUGGAGAAGGAAGAGAUGGUGCGAACUCACACCCUCGAAACCGGCGACCUCCGCAAGAAAGUGAGCGUCCUCACAGAACACAUGCAGAAGAUGGAGAGCACCGCCAUGUCAACUGUUCCCAGUUCGACUGGUUUCUCUGCCGACUACUCUGACAUUGAUGGUCUGAACAUGGAUGGCAAUUGGGACAACAUCUCUUUCCUUAACGAUUUUUCCAUGGAAAAUGAAAUCAAGGUUGAGAAUUCACUAGUUCCCACUAAGAAGGUCGACACUUCCCUUCUUAGCGAGCCAGAGAAGCCUGCUGCCCAAGGUCUCCUCUUGAUGUUGCUUCUUGUUGGUGCUUUCGUCGCUUCGAAGGGUACUUCUCCAAGCAUUCCUAGAAUGUCGGAUGAUGUUCGUGCUGCAUCUGCAACACUCCUCGAGGAUGUGUUCAAGGAUGCUGGCAUUCAACAAUCCGCUUCCGGUGUAUCUGUCUCUGAUGUGACCAACGCAAUUGCCCCUCUUCCAUCCGGUAACUCCUGGUCCACUACUCAAAACCCCUCCAUGGGAGGUAAUGAAAUGGUCGGCGUCACAUCAUCAACUCUUGGAGAUCUUGCCAACAGUCUUUCGCAACCAACCGAAGAACAAAACAACGAGCAACUCUUUUCAUUGUCUGCAGCACAAUACAAUGGGUUAACAUCUCAAGAUUUCCUCGACAACUCCCCCGCCACCAGAUCAACAUCUCAAGGACGAAAGAACCUCGGUGAAUCCCUUGCAGCCAUGCGAUCUAAUUCUAAAAAGUCCGCCGCAGAAGUUUACACUCGUUCAUUACUGUGGGAUCAAGUUCCAAGUGAGGUUGUCAGGAAUUUUGCUAAGCUAGUCUCGGAAUGUAAUUCCAGGAAUGGUCCAGAAGAGUGCGAUACCUCAUCGGGUUAAAUCUUGAGAUUUAGACCAAACUUUAUGUCAUCCGAAAAAAAAAAACCUCCCCUCUACUUCGACACUACGAAUUCUUACUACUCUUAAAACUUUACGGCUUUUACGAUUUUACGGCUUCAUUGCGAACAGAGACUUUGUUGCUCACGCAUCUUCUCUUAAUUUCUCAAUUGUUAAUGAGCGAAAUAGCGAGCGUCUGAUUUCUUCUUGGAUUUUUUUCUUUUCAUUUAUGGCUUAAUGGUUCUCUCAUGGUUUUAUGGUUUAUGGAUGGUUUACACAUUUGCGUUUCUUUUUUUCUCUCCUUUUCUACUGCAUCAUCAUCGAUCAUAGUUAGCGACGGGUCAUCAAACUUGGCGGGGUCUUUUUUUCUUAAUUUCAUAUUCAUUAUUGUUUUUUUGCCAGGCAUAAGACGACAUCAGCUCGCAGCUGGACAGCAAAUGGGAAUACACAUUUCUGUAAAUUUGGAUGGGGAAGGAGGAUGGAUUGGUAUUUCGGGAUGGAUUCUCUCUUUUGGACUAUUGGAACGGAACAUUGGGAAAGGGAAAGGGGAUGGCUAAAAUUUCGAACGCAUCGCACACGCAACAUCACAAGCUAUUACUAGCAACCAAUUUUCCUUACAUUACACAACUCAAAAAGAGUUUAUUUUUACGACGACGUUAUCACGAACUAUUUCAUAAAUAUUAUUUUAUCAAUACUACCACGACAUAAAGAUAUACACCUUACACAUGAUUACGAGCACAACUGCUUUUUAUUUUACUCACGCCAAUACCUCUCUAUCCCAAGUUUGUUCCAAAUGAAGCGUUUGCUUUGAACUACACAAUCGAUGACCAUCUUCGCAUAUUCGUCCAUCUUAUCCACAUAUCCAUUCAAAGGUGUUUUACGUUUUACGAGCACUCGCGAUUCUUUUUCAGAAAUACUCAUGAUGAGCAAUGACAUGCAAUCAUGACUGAUGAACGAAGAGAUACAUCGACGAGAUUUCGGAAAAACAUCUAAAACACACCACAUCGACCGAUCACGAACAAAUCAUCGGGAUUUUCAUAGCCAAAAAUCUCCUUUUACAAUAUCUCGAUAUGUCAUUAUUUCUGAUGCAGUUCUUUCCAUCUUGACAUGAAUGAUUUCUAUCUCAUGGGGACUGUUUUUCUUGUAUCUAAUUCGGUUCUAUCUGUUGCUUUUGACUUGUGCUGUCUAUGAUGGAUUUGGGAGGAUAUGAGUGACUUGUUUAGGAACUCAAAUUUUUUUGUAUUUAAUUUUUACUGUACUCCACAUACAUACACCAUAGGACGAGAUGAGAAGGAAAAAUUCAGAUAGCCAUAAAAAAAUACGGAAAAAUAGUCAAUAAUACAUGAGAUUCAUGU